AUGCGGCAGCAGGGGUCUCAGCCGCCUCUUCUAGCUCAGCAGCUGCAGCAGCAGCAGCAGCAGCAGCAGCAGCAGCAGCAGCAACAGCAGCAGCAACAACAACAACAACUACAUCUGAUGCAGCAGCAACGGACUCACAGGCAUCGACAGCAUGCGCAUGCUAGCAGCAGACGCCAGCAUCAGCUGCAGCAGCAGCAGCUGCAGCAGCAGCAGCUGCAGCAGCAGCAGCUGCAGCAGCAGCAACAGCAGCAGCAGCAGCAGCAACAGCAGCAGCUUGCUAGCUACUCAGAUGAGGACGAAAUAUCCUCGCUAAGCGGCAGCAGCAGCUGCAGCAGCGGCCCCGGCGGUAGUGACGACGAGAGCCGCAGGGUUCCUCUUCACAGUCGUCACAACAAGCAGCAGCAGCAGCUGCUGCUGCUGCAGCAGCAGCAGCAGCAGGAGUAA